AUGAGUUCGAUUGCCAAAGAGAUCCAACCUAUGAUUGAAAGCAAUCCAGACAUGCCAAUUCAUGCAAUCCAAAGUCAACUGCUUUGGAAGCAUCAACUAGAAAUAUCACUACAUAAGGUCUUCAGAGCCAAGAGGAUAACAACUACGAGGAUUUAUGGUGAUUACCAAGAACAGUAUGGUCUGCUAAGGUUAUACUGUGAUGAACUUCUAAAAGCCAACCCAGGUAGUACAAUUAAAAUUGAUGUGGAGCCAUGUGGGAACUCAGGUAGUCCUACAAGGCAAUUUCGAAGGGUUUAUGUUUGUUUUGCCUCUAUGAUGAGAGGAUUUAAGAUGAUUGGAAGACCAUUGUUGGGUGUGGAUGGUUGUUUCAUGAAAGGUCCAUUUCCUGGAAAGAUCUUGAGUGUUGUUGGUAUAGAUGGGAACAAUAGCAUAUAUCUAGUUUGUUAUGCCCUUGUUAAGGCAGAAACAACCCAAAGCUGGAAAUGGUUCUUGCAACUGUUGAGAGUUGACCUAGGGUGUACGGCUAAGUCUUGUUUCACCUUCAUCAGUGACAGACAAAAGCUGUUUUUUCCUAAUGGUGAGCACAGAUUUUGUUUGAGGCACAUCCAUGAGAACAUGAAAUCCAAGUGGCGUGGAGAUCUUUACAAGAAUUUGCUUUGGUCAGCCGGAAGGAAAACAUCUAUUCCAUAUUUUAACAAAGAUAUGGAAGAAAUUAAUACAACAGAACGAGCUAUACAAAUCAUAGGAGCAAGGGACAAGCCGAUUAUCACAUGCCUAGAAUUCAUUAGGGAGUACAUGACCAAGAGGAUAGUGAAUGUCAAGAAAUUACAAGCAAAGUGUAUGGGGCCACUGACACCUCAUGCCACUGAGGUCUUCAAUGAGAUCAAGAAACAGGCUGCUAAAAUGUCUGUUUUAAUGGUUGAUUCAGACAAGAAGUGGGAUUUGACAGGGAUGCCUUGCAAACAUGCAGUUGCAGCCAUACGGGAUAUGUCAAGGAAUAGCAUUGAUGCUGGCAUACCAGAAGAGUAG